ACGUGUAACAUGGCUCAUCCGGUUCCUGCUUGUCUGACCACACAGAUGCCCAGUGUUACUUCUCUUCUAGAUGCCUCUGCUAUUUCUUGGAAGAAUGAUCAGGCUGUGGUUGCAGACAUCUUCUACUUCCUGAACAUUUACAGCCAUGGCAAGCUGCCGUCCCACUGUGAACAGCGCUUCCUGCCCUGUGAGAUUGGGUGUGUCAAGUACUCCCUGCAGGAUGGCAUAAUGGGUGAUUUCCAUCACUUCAUAGAUCCAGAACUACCACCAUGUGGUUUUCGGUACCACUGCCAAGCUGCUAGUGAUGCCACUCAUAAGAUCCCUAUAUCUGGAUUUAAUCUUUCACGUACUUACGCAGUUGUCUUACGGGAACUUACUGAGUUUGUCCAGCCAACCAAAGGUGUUCGGCCUCGCUUUUACUGUAAGUCUGAUGACAGAUUCCGAAUUAGCUGGUGUCUCAGUCGAAUGGCUAGUGUAACAGGCAUUGAGAGCCAUGUGGAACUUCUUGCUGUAGAAGACCUAGUAAAGGAACUGUACCAGAAGAAAUACCAAAAGGAGCCAUCCAAGACUUGGGUGUGUCAAGAACUGGAUGUCUUCCUUUGGGAUUUCUCCAGUAAUACCAGGUGCAAGUGGCAUGAAGAGAAUGAUAUAUUCUGCUGUGCUUUGGCAUCCUGUAAGAAAAUGGCUUAUUGCAUCAGUAAAUCUUUAGCUACUUUGUAUGGAGUCUCACUGACAGCAGCUCACCUGCCUCUUCAAGACACUGGUUAUGGUGAAAGCACAAGUACCAAGACGGUGAUACUGGAUGCUGGAAGUUUUCAGAAAAUGAAGGCUGAGCAUCCUGGAUGUGACAGACAUUUCACUUCUCCAGAUCAGGAUCAAGAGCUUGUCCCUUCUAAUUGUGAUUCUCCAUGUGAUGUGAAGACUUCCCUCUGUGGAACAAGUACCAUGCGAGGAAGAGGAAUUACUGAAUUGCUGAAAAAUGCAUCUGAUCUAUCCAAGUCUUUCAGUAAUUGA